GUUUGUGAUUAUUCCGCCAAAAUUCUAAACAUCUCCAAUGCGUAAACAACAUUAAUUUUAUUUCUUCUUCUGACUAAAAUAAUAACAGUUAUGGCUGAAUCACUAAAUAUUAGUAAUGAGGACAAUGGAGUUACUAUGGUAGACGUCUUGAGAGACGAGGAAGCUCUGGAAGAAGAUGCUCAUGCAGUUUUAGGAGGAUCUGAUGAUAAAUUUUGUACAUAUUCGAAUGGCUAUGUCAAAAGACAAGCUUUAUAUGCUUGCAGAACUUGUAACACAAAAACAUCUCAGGAUGCCGGUAUUUGUUUGGCUUGCAGUUACCAUUGCCAUGAAAAUCACGAUCUCAUUGAGUUAUAUACAAAACGUAAUUUUCGUUGUGAUUGUGGUAGCUCAAAAAUGCCUGGAAUCAAAUGUAAUUUAGAUCCCUUCAAGUCAGAAGAUAAUGUUGAUAACAAAUACAAUCAGAAUUUUUCUGGUCUUUAUUGCACCUGCCAUAGACCUUAUCCUGAUCCUGAGGAUAAAACUCCUGAUGAGAUGAUACAGUGCAUCGUUUGUGAAGAUUGGUACCAUACGCGACAUUUGGGAGUAGCAGUACCAUCAGCCGAAGAUUAUUCUGAAAUGGUUUGUUUUGGAUGUGUAAACAAAAACGACUUUUUGCUUAAUUAUGCAGUUUAUGAUGUGACAAAGGGUGAUGAUGAUGAGAAAGAAAUAGAUGUUGAAACUCCAUCCAAGAAGCUUAAGACAGAAUCCAAUGUUUCAAUUUCACAAACUGUUGAUGGAUGUGUGAAACCAAUUUCAAGCACAGCCCCAAAAACUACUCUCUUUUUUUCUGAAGGCUGGAGAGAAAAAUUAUGUAAAUGUACCAAUUGCUCGAAAACUUAUUCAGACUUGAAAGUAGAAUUUCUGAUAGAUUUAGAAGACCGCGCACAGUAUUAUGAAGAGCAAGGUAAAUUUAAGGCUAAUAAAACAUCACAAUAUGAAAAUGGUUUAAGAGCACUUUCUUCACUUGGUCACGUACAGCAGAUUGAUGCCAUUACAGAGUAUAAUAAAAUGACUGCAAAAUUAAAGGAAUAUUUACAAACAUUUGCUGAUAAUAAAAAGAUUGUUACAGAAGAAGAUAUUAAAAUAUUUUUUAAUUCUAUGAAAGAAAAUCGGCCUACAUCAAUUCCUCAACCAAAUUUCUGUCGCUAA